CAAAAAGCGAAUUUUGUUACAUUAAAACAGAGGUUUUACCAAGUCAAAGACAAGGCCAAAAACAAAAACUAUAUGAAGUAUGGGUUGCAUUACAUAAGAAGGGUGGCUGGGUCCUUACUGCAAACUGCACAUGCAUGGCCGGACUUGGUUCAGCAUGCAGCCAUGUUGGGGCUCUAUUAUUUAAGCUGCAAGCCGGUGCAUUAUUAGGAAUAAACAAAAUUGCAUGUACAAGUAAACUUUGCGCUUGGAAACGCUCUAGACGAUUCGCAGAACCAGCUCUUAUGACUGAGAUAGACUUCAGCAGACCAAAGCAGAAGCAAACAGUACCCAAAGAAUAAAAAGUUGUAUCGGAUAGAAUGAAGAAGCCUUUUUCUUUCAGGGAUCCCACACAUUUAAAUAAUGAGUUUCAUAAACAAAAAUUAAAAGAACUUUAUACAGUAAAUCCAGAUGCUGCAAUUCUUACUAGCCUAUACGACAAUGAUCUAGAAGAUUUUACAGUUACCAAUAGUGAAACUGACACUGCUGACGAAACCGAAUUAAAUAGCAUUCCUGAACCUUUGACAAGCCUUUUUGAGCCACAAUUAAUUAAUAAUAAUCCUGAAGAAAUUCAAUCGGAGUGCAGAGAGUUUUAUUACGAAUACAAAAAUGGCUACUGUGACAGUCAGUACAAAAAUUUAACGAAAGUUAUAAGAGAACAGCGCUUGUCAACAGCAUGGCAAAUUCAUAGAGCAGGUAGAAUCACAGCAUCUGUCUCAAAAAGAGCAUACAGUUUAAACCUAAAUAAUGAAAAUUCUAAAAAAAAAUUUACAGAAUCAAUCAUGCAAUAUUCUACAAAUAUAACUGUAAGAGCACAACAAUACGGUAUUGACAAGGAAGCAGCUGCUAGAAAAAAAUUUGUUGAGGUGUUCACAAAAAACCAUGAAAACGUUAUUGUUAAAGAAACUGGUUUACAUGUGUCAGAAGAAUACCCAUUUAUGGGAGCAUCAUCUGAUGCUCUUGUUUUGUGUAAAUGUCACGGCUUAGGCGUUUUAGAAAUAAAAUGUCCUUAUAAAUACAGCUCAGGUUUGGAUGAUGUGGAGUGUGAUAAAACAUUCCCUACUGAUUGGGAUGGCAACAUGAAAACAAAUCAUCAGUAUUAUUUCCAAAUCCAACAGCAAAUGAUUGUUACAAACACAAAAUUUGGUUACUUUUUUGUGUGGAGUGAUAAAAAUUAGAAACUAUCCAAUGUUCCUCAAGACACAGAAUUUUGUAAAAAAUUAAUAUCAAAAAUUGAGCACGUUUUUUUCACAAUAAUUUUGCCAGAAAUUGUGACACGAAGCAUGGAUCAAGAAAGUGACAAGACAGAAAAGCUGUAUUGUAUUU